AUGCGCAUGAAGAUCAUCACUACGUUCAUACUCACUUCGAACUACGUAAUGGCACAAAAUAAUGAUCGUAUUAUUCAUUCUCCAAUCGAACUCAAAGGCUUCUCAAAAUAUUUAUCCUUAAUAUUUCAUCAAUUAACUAAAGAUGCUAUAUGGACAUUUUGUGAAUUACGUAUUGCCGAUCUUAUGACUGAUUACAAACUACCCAUCACUGCAUUAGAAUUAAGUCAAUUAAAUGGCAAUAAUUGGAAUGCUGAAUUUCUCUAUCGACUAUUACGUGUCAAUGCCGAUGCUGGUAUCAUCACUCAAGUAACGACUGGUGAUGAAAAUUCAGCUCAACCAGAACAAAUAAUUCGAUUUCAAUUGACAGAAGAUGGAUUAUUAUUGACAAGUAAUCAUUUUUCAAAAGCUCGCGAUAUGAUUCGACUAGUUUUAAGUCCAAAUAUGGAAAAAACUUGGUCAUAUUUUCCAUCAUUAAUUAAGUUUGGUUACAAACAUGGGAAUUGUUUCGAACAGGCAUUCGGUUGUAGUACAUUUGAAUAUAUGAAAAAAGAAGAAAACAAAGAAUAUGCAAAUGCAUUCAAUAAUGGAAUGCUUGCUUAUUCAAAUUAUACGGCAUCAUCGAUAGUGUCAGCAAUUGAUUUCAGUCAUUUCAGUAUCUUAGUUGAUAUCGGUGGCGGUUUAGGAACAUUACUAUCAUCGAUUAUGGAAAAAUAUCAGAAUUUACAUGGAAUAUUAUUUGAUUUGGAUCAUGUUAUUCAACAUGCCAAAACAAUCAGUCCAAAUGAAUUCCAACGAAAACAAAUCGAACCAAAUCGUUAUACAUUCGUUGGUGGCGAUAUGUUUAAAUCAGAAACAAUACCUCCAGCUGAUGCUUACAUAUUAAAAUCUCUUAUUCAUGAUUGGGAUGAUGAAAAAUCGAUUGAAAUACUAAAAUCUAUACGUAAUGCAAAUAGAACUCAAACAGAAAAGCCAAUAACAGUAUUUAUAGUUGAAGCAGUAAUUAUGUCCGAAAAUAAAGAUAAUUGGGAAGCACAUGUAAUGGAUCUGCACAUGUUAUCAAAUUUAGGUGCUAAGGAGAGAGGCUUAUCUGGAUAUACUGAUCUUUUAAACAAAAGUGGUUAUGAAUUGAAACAUUUAUAUAAGACGGAGGGUCUUACUUCCGUUAUUGAAGCAAGGACAGCAACAACUCAAAUAUAA